AUGGUCGCUGCUAACGCUGCUAACAUUAUUAACAACAAUGAGAGAGAUCACUACAGUGCAAAACCACCAACCUUUGAUGAUGAACCUCAAAAGCAAGGUAAAUCUGUUGCUUUAAAGUCUAAGCCUGAGAAGACAAAAGCUUAUCAAGCUAAGGAAGAAUCAGAAUGUUCCGAUGAAGACUCAGAAAAUGAUGAUGAAUUGUCUCUAAUUUCAAAGAGAGUCAACAAACUAUGGAAGCACAGGCACAAUGGUCAAGAUAAGUUUAGAGGAGCUAGAAGAACUAUUGGUCAUUAUGAUUCUUCUUUAGAACAGAAGAAGCAAGGUUCUGGUAAAGAGCUUAUCUGCUUUGAGUGCAAGGAGCCAGGUCACUACAAAAAUGAUUGUCCUAAGUUGAAAAAGGACAGAAUGCCUAAGAAGAAUUUUUCUAAAGGCAAGAAGGGGCUGAUGGCUAUAUGGGACGACUCAAAAUCAGAAGAAGAUGAUUCUGACGAGGAACAAGCCAACGUUGCAUUGAUGGCAACAAUAUCUGAUCCAGAAGGUUCUGAAGAACCAGAAGACAUGGUGUUGUUAGAAUCAGAAUCAGACUCCGACUCCGAAGAGGUAUUUUUUAAUCUAUCUUGUUCUGAUCUUGAAUCAUGUCUAUCUGAAAUGCUGGAAAAGUACCAGAGUCUUCAGAGAAAUCAUUUCAAGAAUAGAAUGCAUUCAAAGGCAUUAACCAAUCAUGACUUUAACAGCAUCACAUUAAUCUCAGAUACUCAAGAAAUACAUUCAAAGAAUAUAUUUGAUGUGAUCAAGAUGGAUUAUGUCAAAAAACAACAAUGUUUUGUAACUUUGAGAAGGUUAAUGAAAAAUUCAGAUGGUAAAGAUUUCCAAAAUACAAUGGAUUCAAAGGCAUCCACUAAUGACGAUUCUAAAGGUCAACCAUUGAUGAAUUUUGAGACUGUGAAGUUGAAGUUAGAGAAGGGUUUAUACCUUACAAUAGAUCAAUUUGCGAGUGAUGUAAGGAUCAUAUUUUACAAUGCCACUAUAUUGCACCAAGUGAAUGAAAGAACUCAAAGAAUAGCAAUGAAGCUAAGUCAUCUUUUUGAGAUGAAGUGGAAGUCUUUGGAGGAAAAAUGGGAAGCUGAGAAACAAAUGAAAAUUGAAGAAAAAUCAAAGCAAGAGCCAAAGAAAAAUGUCACAAAAUCACAUGAAUUUGGAAAAGGAGAAAGAAAUAAAAGAAAAUUUGAUUGUGAUGAUAUUAAAGAGAAUAAUUGUUCAAAGUCCAUGCAUGAAACAACCUUUUAUUCAAAAUUAUCAACUAAAAAGGUUAAGAAGGAACAUGUUGUGGAUACCAUAUUGGCUUCACAAAGAAAUUUGUUUUGUUACAAUAAUAAUAGCAUGGAAAGGAAGAAACAAAGGAAAAAUGCUCAAGUGAUGAUACAAAAUAUGAAGAGAACAGUUUUUAUUAAUGAAAGUUUGUACUAUUUUAAAGAGUUAGAAAGAUUAUGUGGUCAUUCAUUACAAGAUUGCAACAAGGUAAAUCCAUUGAAGAAAUUUGUGGGAUUGACUCUAAAGGACGAGUUUAUGGGAGUGACAGAUUUGAAUGAAGAAAAGUUUCUUAAUAAAGAUUGGGAGGAAGGAGAAAUUAUUUUUCUCGAUUAA